AUGGUGCGAAAUGUCUUCGAUCAUGGCGCCAAACACGCUCAAGCGCAAAUAGCUCAGUCCGAAGCUCCAGAGUUCGAAGUGGUCACUUGGUGGAAGGACCCUGGCCUGAGAAAGCUUUACUUUUGGUGCGGUAUUCUGAUGAUGAUGUCUGCAUCGACUGGCUUUGAUGCGAAACUUAUGAACACUUCGCAGGUCAUGGAUCAGUGGCAGAACUCCUUCAACCAUCCGGCAGGGGGAAGACUUGGACUCAUCGUCGCUAUUCUGGACAUCGGAUCUCUUUCGAGUUUCUGGAUGGUUCCAUAUUUUGCAGACAAGUACGGCCGAAAGAUGCCUAUCAUCAUUGGCUGCGUCAUUGAAACCAUAGGUGCCUUCAUAGGAGCUUUGUCGAACAGCGAAGGAAUGUACAUGGCCGGACGCUUCAUCCUUGGCUUCGGAAGUUCAUUCAACGGCGCUGGUCUCCUCAUAGCCGAGAUCGCGCACCCCCAACACCGGGCCAAGAUCUCCGCCAUCGUUAACUGUAUGUACGGUGUUGGUUCCACGAGCUGCUCCUGGCUGGCCUUGUCGACCAUCCGAAUCAUGGGCGACUGGUCGUGGAGGUCCCUCACCAUACUCCAGGCGUUCCCCGGUAUCUUGGUCCUCUCACUCAUCUGCUGGAUUCCGGAGUCGCCGCGCUGGCUAGUUGCCAAGGAGCGUUAUGAAGAUGCCGAGAAUAUGCUAUCCACGUACCAUGAGUUCCAAGAUAAAAAGUCCAGCAGCUAUCUCGACUUUGCUAGAACCGCGGGGAAUAGGUACAGAGUUGUUCUGUUGAUCUCACUGGCAAUGGUGUCCCAGUACAGUGGAACGAAUCUCUUUUCCAACUACGCCAAUAAGAUUUACGAAGGCGCUGGCAUUCGCGACCAGACGAACAAAGUUCUUCUCAGUGGUGGCCAGACUCUCCUCUCGCUUAUCGUAUCAGUUUCCUUCUCGUUGAGCAUAGACCGAUUCGGCCGAAGACCAUUAUUCCUCACAGCAACUACAGGGAUGGUUCUCAUGUACAUGGGAUGGACUAUCAUCAGUUCUCAGUAUGAGCGGACCCACGACCUCGCACGAUUUGGCUAUCCGCAAAUCGCCUUUAUCUGGCUCUUUAGUCUUUCGUAUCAGAUUGCGUGGACCGGGGUCAUGGCGGCCUAUGCGUUGGAGAUCAUGCCGUAUAGUCUAAGGGCAAAGGCCGGGGUCAUAUCAACCAUCUUUGUCAAGGGCUUGAUUGUUCUCGGAAGCUAUACCAAUCCUAUUGCGUGGGAUAACUUCACGGCAGCCGGUCAUGCAUGGACACUCGCGAUGUUUUACACGAUCUUGGACUUUUGCUCCCUGUUGUUCGUGUACUUCUUCUACCCUGAGACAAAGAAUCUCACCCUCGAAGAGGUUGCCAAGGUCUUCGACGGCGACGAGGCAAAGGUUGCAAGAAUGGACAUGGAAGACGUCAAAGACCAAGUAGAAGAGGAAAAGAAGAAGCAGAGUCACGUCGAAGUCAUCUCCCUCUCAUGA